AUGUUGCUGCUCAUCACUAUUUUGAUUUUGACAUUUGUAACUCAAUUGAUUCAUGCAGCCCCUGCUGUGGAUCAACCUACAUAUGAGCCAGGUGUACUGUAUCUACCGGACAAAGCGAUCGCAUUAGAUGACGGAUAUAACCUGAGUAUUCAAGGCGUUUUAGGUGGCAUUGUGUUGAUUGUAUGUGGUUUGUUACUUGCAUGUCGUCCCAUGUGGGAUAGAACACCAGCUGGUACUCGCACACAAGAAUUAGCAGGCUUUGUUACCAUGGGAUUUGUUACUUGGGUGAUGCUGGCUAAUUUUGAGCCAGAACAAACGUAUGGACAAGAUCGCCAAACCAUCUACUUUAUUGUGCCUUUUGUUGUGGGUCUCGUCGUGAUCACUUGCAUGGCAGUGACAAUUCAGUUAUAUCUCAUGUUGAUCGGUGGUUUGGGAGGUCUUGCAUUUGGUUUGUGGAUCUUGGGUUGGAGAGAUGAUUUGUCAAUUACUUCAAAUUCUGGAAGAGCCAUCCUACUCACUGUGCUUGUGGUGGUGUUUAUGGUGCUGUCGCUUUAUUCGUGCUUUUGGCAUCAGUUGGGUGCUGCAUUGGCCGGCUCUUACAUUUUCUUUAUGGGGUUAGACAUUUACUUUCACACAGGCUUCAAUUACUGCUUUACUACGACAUUGGAUAGAAAUCAUGAACAUGAUUACCGGAUGUACCGUGGUGUUUAUAUUAUGCAAUCAACGAUCAUUAUCGCCUACAUUGUAGGUUUUAUAUUCCAAGUGAUUGGCCAUCAUUCCGAUCAUAUUCGGAUGCAACACUCGGUUGUCAUGUCAACCCGAAACGAUCCACGUUACAUUACCAAACAGCCAUUCAUUGGAAGAUACAUGCCUGCUAUGCCACCCCUUUGGAGACCUAAUUGGUUCCAAAGAGGCGGUGCACCUGCUGUAGUUCCUGUCGCAACAGCAGUUUAA